CACCUGCACCGGACCCCUCCAAGUCCUGGCCUUCGUGUCUCUGUCUUUACCUAGGGGCGUAACGGCUGGAGGAAAUCAUGGUGUUCGCUCCAGGCGAGAAAACUGGAAACGAGCCUGAAGAGGUGAGGCUGCAGAAUGCCAGCAAACAGAUUGUGCAGAAUGCCAUCCUGCAGGCUGUGCGACAAGUCUCCCAGGAGAGCCGGCAGAGGGAAGAGAGAGACGGUGACAACCGGGGCAGCUUCCAGCUGGGCGUGGGGCAAUUAACCAAGAAGCAUGAAAAGAAGUAACACGGUGGAUUUGGCUUUUGUCAUAUGCUCGUCUUUCAGCCUUUCUCUUAGCAUAGGAUGCGUAGCCAACAUGUUGCCAGUAAAGCAAACCAAAAGUGCCAUUGGCACCUAGCGGCAGAAUGAAUUCAUACGAGCCCUGGCUGAGAAGCACUGUUUUGAAAAAGUGCGUUAGAUGAUUCUGUUUAUAUUAAUGCAGUGCCUCUUAAACAUUGUGGGGCCAAACCCGAUAUUGUAAUUGCAAAGUAGUUUUGCAGCACAUUUAUUUUUAAAAACAUGAUUCUGUCUAUUGAUUUCUGCCUUUUAUACAUUCUUUCUGUGAAUUUAACCAAUAGUCCUUUUUUGCUGUAAUAUUGAGUAAUUUCUGUGUUCAUUAUAGUUUAAAAAGGCUUGCUGGAAAGGGAAAAGAUUGGAGUUUCAAUCUUCAAUAUGGAACUGAAGGUCAAAUUGAGCAAAGGCAAAUUCUAAGACUGAGUCCCUCAGGAUCUUAUGAAGAUAUAUAUAUAUAUAAUUUUUAAGAUCUCAGUCUUUUGGUUUCAGUUGUUUGAUAGUUGGUGUUUAUUCUCUGUGCAGAAAUCCUUUGGAAAUAUGGAUUUCUCUUCAUUUCAAAAUUAAGACAAUUACAUCUAUAUGCAUAAGUUGUCAUUGACUCAGUUCUUUAGUAGCCCCAUGAAUAGCAACUAGAAUUGUAGAUUUCAUCCUGGACAUACACUAGGGUCUGACUCUGGGUGCAGUGCUCUUGAAAGGAUCUCUGGGGCCUAUAAAUGCGGCAUUGCCAUUAGGCUAUGCAUUUGCACUAGUUCCUUACUAAUAAGAACUUCCCUUUUCCCAUCCAUAAAUCUGAAUCAUUUUCUUGAGAUAAUGAAAACCAUGCACAUCAGGAAUGAGUAACACGUGUGUAUAUGAAUAAAGCUCUCUAUUGCAACAGUAUGACUGCUGCUUCAUCCCCAAGUGGAUAAUUCAGAUCUUCCUGGAGUUUUAGAAUCUUAUUUCCUGGGAAAAGAGGAAGAAUUUUACCUGUGUAAAAAACCUUUUGGUUUUAGAGUAUCAAUGGCUAUAUUUGGUAGUGUUUUUUUUUUUAAAAAAGCCAAGUAUUUACAUAUAAAGUAUGACUGAUAUUAAGAUAUAUUUAUAAAAUUCCAAUGUAACAUUUUCCAUAAUGGAUACUAUUGAUAGGGUACAUGAAUGACAGCAAUCUCUUAGAAGCUUUGCUAGACUGUCUCACACAAUGCACACCUGGAAUAAAUUCACAGGAGAAUGGCUGUGGGAGAAAGCAGAGGGGUUACAAUUUAAAUAAGGUUUAUUCAUAAACUUUUUCAGCAGAACUCAUGACAAUCAAAUAAUGAGUUUAAGUUGAGCUGAAGGCAUAUCAUUGAUGUGAUAGCACUACAGUAUAGAUGGUAGGAAUGAAGGUACUAAGGAACAUUAUUUAGGAGUAUUCAUAAAUAAAGUAUAAACCCCAAUGCUUGUAGUUUGCAAGUAAUCUGGCACUAUGUCUACUAAGCCUUCUGGAUAUAACCAGCCUUGGAUCUUGCUGUCACAUGGCGGAAACACAUGAACUCGCUAUAUUCCCUCUCUGGUGUGUCUUUGCUAAUAUAGUGGGGAUCUUUGGAAACAUCUGAUUAACCUCUGUAUCUAAAUGUUACUUGUAAAUAAAAUACACCCAACUUUCAAAUA